GUCCCAGACAAAGCGGGCCCUCGAAAAGUUCCCUUCCUAGGUCAGGCGCGGAUCGAGAAUGGGGACUCCCCGAAUAAAAGCACUCGUGUCGCCAAUUGCCUCCGCCAUAUAAGAUUCCUGGGCGCCGGCAUCGCGAGUAUCAUGGAGUCAUCUCAGGACCUCAAGUCGUUGCGGGACACCGUUCAUUCUGCGCUGGUCACGGUAACACGGUCUGUCAACGCGCUCGCAAACGAGGACCUCCAGUUUCAGCGGACAGUCCACCCUUCGGUCGCGACUCGCCUCGAUCAGAAUACGGAACGUAUCCUGCGAUUAGCGCGCGGCGUCCUUAAGUCGGCUAGCAACUUCACCUCCCAACGGGAACCUCAGCUGGAAGAUGUGGACGAUGUAGAGAUCCAAUGGAAAGGCGUGGUGGACGUGAUUGACUCGCUCUUGGAGAAGUCGGACACUUGCCUGGACGAGUACACGGGUCUGGUUAAGAGGAAAGAUGCGCCGACUGCCGAACUUGGCCGAGAGCUCAAACGCUCGAGAUCGACCACCAGCAGGCUCGACUGGUCGAUGAAGCGUGCCAAUAUCUUGAAGCCCCAGAACGCUUUCGAAAGGAAGAUAGACAAUUUUGAUUCGGGACCAUGGAAGCCUCUAAUGACAAGCAAACCUCACGCUCGUGUUCCGCUGGAGACGAGUCUUGACACCUUUGUCGACGAAGAAGGCCGCACCCAGUACAAGCAUCCGUACGAGCAGGAGAUCACCAACAUGCAAUAUCCCGAACAGGUCUAUCGGUCCUGCGAGCCCAUAAAGUAUCUGCCGAUGGAGACGACGAAGGCAAUCUGGGUCGACACCUACGAAGGGGUUUUGGAGAUGCUGCAAGAACUGAAGCAGGCAACCGAGAUUGCUGUCGAUCUAGAGCAUCAUGAUUUCAGGACUUAUGCAGGGCUUUUAUCGCUGAUGCAAAUCAGCACAAGAGAGAAGGACUGGAUAGUUGACACACUGGUUCCCUGGAGACACAAGCUCGAGGUGCUCAACGAAGUUUUCGCGGACCCGAAGAUUGUCAAGGUACUUCAUGGCGCGUUUAUGGACGUCAUCUGGCUCCAGCGAGACCUUGGGCUCUAUAUAGUGGGCCUUUUUGAUACUUUUUAUGCCAGCGACACCCUCGGGUAUGCAGGCAAGAGUUUGGCGUUCUUACUGAAGAAGUUCGCCGACUUUGACGCGGACAAAAAGUAUCAACUUGCGGAUUGGCGGAUAAGACCUCUCCCCGAAGAGAUGUUUUACUACGCUCGAUCAGACACACACUUCCUGCUUUACAUUUACGACAUGCUGCGGAACGAGCUUGCCGAGCUUGCCUCUCAGAAUAACCCCGAUGGAAACCCGAUCGACCGUGUUAUUCAGAAGUCGAAGGAGGUGUCUUUGCAGCGUUACGAGCACCCCGUCUGUGACCCUGAGACUGGAGCCGGCAACCGGGGUUGGUACAAUACUUUGAUCAAAUCACCGACGCUGUACAACGGCGAGCAGUUCGCCGUCUACAAGGCGGUGCACAAGUGGCGGGAUGAUGUGGCCCGCCAGGAAGAUGAGAGCCCGUUCUUCAUUAUGACCCAGCAGGUCCUCAGCGACAUAGCACGCAUCAUUCCCACCGACAUGAAGGCUCUGUGGAGUCUAUUGGAGUCAAACGCACGGGGGCUCAAAGGUCGUCUCGAGGAGCUAUUUCAGGUUAUUCAAGAAGCUCGGGCAAGGGGUGUGAACGGCCCCACCAUGCUUCAGUUCUUCCGAGAAUUGUCAUCAGGCGCCUCUCAGACUUCGCUCGGGGUCAGGAAGGUGGCAGCUGCCGCGGCAGAGGACAGUGAGCCGCUCAGCAUCGAAGAACUGAAAUGUGACCGCUCCCAGCUCUGGGGGGAUGUGGCGCUCAACUCGUCGUUAGACGGGACGUCCAAGGCCCGGCCGAUACGCGAGGAAGAUAUGAUUCCGCUGUACACGUUUGACUUUGGUGCUAUUAAGGAGGAGUUGCCGGAAACCAACCAACCGUCACCCAGGCGUGUCGCUGAACAAGACACCAAGGGUCUCCCUGUUCUCGAAGAAGAAGGUUUCACUCUGAAGGCUGGUCGAAAGCGGAAGUCUAGGGAUGUUGAUGUUGAGUCAGCAUCCGAAGCCGAAGCAGUUUCCGACAUCGAGAUGGGUGGAGAUAGUUCCGCAGGCAAAGACCACCCGAAGUCUCCUAGUGUCGAGCAGGAAGUUGAGGGUGGUGAUGACAAGGCCGCCAAGCAGGCAAAGAAACAAGCCAAGAAGGCUGCUCGAGAAGAGUUCAAGCGUGCUCAGCUCUUGGCAGAGCAACUGGCUCAAAACGGAGACAUAAAGGGAGCAAAGGAACUCAAGGCUCAAGCCAGGAAGGCACUUCGAGCCGCCAAGAAAGCCCAGAAGCAGCAGCAGCAGCAGCAGCAGCAGACAUCUGCCUCCGCCGCGACCUCGGCAGCCGACGAACAGACCUCGGGCGAACAGGAGGAAGGCCAUGAUGACGAUGCCGAGCAGGAGCCGUUUGACUACAGCAAGGCGUCGUCCGUGCUACAUGCUGCGCAGGCGACAAACGGCGAUGAUGGUGAUGAUGAUGGCGGCAGAAAAGAGGUGCGGGGCAAGUUUGCACCCUUUGAUCCGUACGGCAUGAAGUCAGGGGAUGCGCCACAAGGCGCAAGGAAAAUGAAUCACGUGAAGGGAGGGAGGACGGCGACCUUUAAAAAAUGAGCUUACCAUGUCAUUGUCUGGAUAGGAAGGUUGAAGCGUGUGGGAUGUCGGCUUCUGCUACGUGAUACAUCCACGGGUAAUGACAUUGCAAGGGUUGACGGGGAUUGGGACGCGGUUGGUAUGGGACAGGGCGUAGGUCAAACUCAAAAAAUUAUACCCCUGUGACGCGUAGGUAGGCUUUUUCAAAGAGGACGCCUUUGCUCUCCUCGGCGAAGCAGAUUG